GUGUGUGAGCAUUUUGUCGAGGGGCGGGAUCACUGUUCUGUUGUGUUUCUGGAAGCUACCAGCUGGGAAAAGGAGCUACCAGCUCUGUUUUUGUUUUAUUUUCUCUGAUUUCUUUUUCUCUCCUUCUGCUAAACUGAAUCAGCGUUCAGUAAAACAGUAACAGCUCUUUUGUACGGUGUCCAUGCCACACAGAGUCGUGGAAGGAGUCUCCAGUGUCAGCGCUUUGUAACAGUCAAAGGACAUUGUGGCCGGUGCAGCUCAAUGGGAAAAGUGUAGCCAUGUUCAGCUUCGAGGGAGAUUUCAAGCGGACGCCCAAAGUGUCCCUUGGAGGGGCAAGUAAAAAGGAGCAGAAAGCGUCACUUCUUCACCGGACGCAGGAGGAAAGACGCAAGCGAGAGGAUGAAAGGAAAAGGCUGAAAAACGCGAUAAUCAUCCAGUCUUACAUUCGAGGCUUCCAAGAGAGAAAACGUCAAUAUGGCAUUCAACGGAGCCAUUUCGACCGUUGUGUGUGUGAUUGUCAGUGCUCCUCCGGAUCCACACUCACGGACUCUGGUCUGCUCCCCCUGCUCAUCCGCCGCCUGCUCUUCUUCUACCACAACAGCAAGGACACACCCCGGCUGAUCUGGCUGUGUCAGAAUGUAGUGAAGCAUCAUGCUCAGUUUGUGAAGCUGCUGGUUGGACCUGAGAGAAACACGUGCGUGUUCCAGAUCAAGAGGCUUCUUGGACACUGCUGCAGACUCCUGCAGCUGUGUGAGGAUGAAGGUGUGAAUGUGGCUGUCCCCAUGCGCAUGCUGGAGGUGUUUACCUCAGAGAGGACCUACCUGCCCCCUCUGCAGGACGACAGCGCAGCUGCUGCGCUCAUAGAGCAGGUUUUGCACUAUAUGGUUCAGAAAGGAUACUACAGGAUGCUGUACGUAUUGGCCAAUCACAAGUUACCGUCCAGUCUGUAUUACAGCGACGCCCCCUCGCUUCCUCUAGCACACACACUGCUGGAACACACACUCAAACCACUGCACUUUAUGUACAGCUCCUGUCCCAAGGGUGCCAGGCAGUUAGUGUUCUCAGCCUUUACAGAAGACUUCAUCUCUCCUCCAUUCACUGAGCAGAUGUUUCACUUCUUCGUGCCGGCGCUGGCAGACCGAAGACUCAGUUUCCCGUUUCAAGACUUCCUGUUCUCCCUGCAGGCCACCAUCUCCUUGUCAGACCAGGCACAGUGUCAUGCCCCAUGGCUCUUCUACUUUGUUCUGUCACUCGGAGAAAUGGGCCUCGGCUCUCUAUCAGAAGAAGGGCUGCUGUUGUAUCUGAGCGCUCUGCAGGCGCUGCUCCCUCUGCUUCCUGUGAGUGAGAGCCACGCCAGAGUCGACGUCACAAGUGACUCUGAGGAUGAGGAUAACAACUCGACACACCCUCCUACUGUACAGGAUGACAACAGGAUGUCAGUGCAGUUGAUCACACAGCUGUGUGUGCAGAAGUUGGACUCAAAGCUGCAGACGAACGCUUUGCUGUCACUGGUGUGGAGAGACUCAGCCAGCGAGGACGUCUUCACCAUGAUGGCAUCUAUCUGCCACACCCUCAUGGUGCAGCACCGCAUGAUGGUGCCCAGAGUCAGGCUACUGUACAGUUUGGCCUUCAACGCUCGCUUCCUCAGACACCUGUGGCACUUGAUAACGUCCAUGAGGACCAAAAUGAUCACAGGGUCUCUGGUGCCGUUGCUGCAGCUGAUGUCUCGUGGCUCUCCCAUGUCUGCUGAGGACUCCAGCAGGAUCAUCCCUCUCUUCUACCUGUUCAGCUCCCUGUUCAGCCACUCGCUUAUCUCUAUCCAUGACACCGAGUUCUUUGGGGAAGCCAUGGAUGGUCAGAGGCAGGCGUCCAUGAUGCCGUUCUCUCUCCCUGAGCUGGUGACUCUGUCUCGAUGUUUGCGGGACGCGUGUCUGGGGAUCAUCAAGCUGGCUCAUCCCGAGACUAAAAGCGGCCACAGCGAGGAAUAUGCAGCUGCGUUCCGCAGCGUCGGUGUCAAAACCAGCAGCCAAGUGCAGCAGCGCAUCCAAAACCAGCAGAAACGCUGGGUCCAGCUGUUCAAGGUGAUCACCAACCUAGUGAAGAUGUUGAAGGCAAGGGACAUCAGGAGGCCGUUCUGCCCCAAGGGUCACUGGCUGUCCGACGAGGUCAACAUCAGGGCUGAUAAGGUCACUCAGCUGUACGUUCCCUCUGCUCGACACGUGUGGAGGACAAGGCGUAUGGGCCGAAUUGGACCGCUCCAGUCCACUCUAGAUGUUGGCUUGGAGCCUCCACCGCUGUCUGUUUCAGAGGAGAGAAACCUGGCCAUCCUCACCGAGCUGCCCUUUGUCGUACCCUUUGAGGAGAGAGUAAAGAUCUUCCAGAGGUUGAUCUACGCUGAUAAAAGGGAUGUACAGGGGGACGGCCCUUUCCUCGACGGCAUCAACAUCACCAUCCGGAGGAACUACAUCUACGAGGACGCAUAUGACAAACUGUCUCCGGAGAAUGAGCCUGAUCUAAAGAAGCGUAUCCGGGUGCACCUGCUGAACGCUCACGGCCUGGACGAAGCCGGCAUUGACGGAGGGGGGAUCUUCCGUGAGUUUCUCAGCGAGCUGCUGAAGUCAGGGUUCAAUCCCAACCAGGGCUUUUUCAGGACCACCAACGAGGGUCUGCUGUACCCGAGCCCCACGGCCGAGAUGCUCAUCGGAGAGAGCUUCACGCGCCACUACUACUUCCUGGGCCGGAUACUGGGCAAGGCUCUGUAUGAGAACAUGUUAGUGGAGAUGCCGUUUGCUAGCUUCUUCCUGUCCAAGCUGCUCGGGACCAGCGCCGAUGUGGACAUUCAUCACCUGGCCUCGCUCGAUCCCGAGAUGUACCGGAACCUUCUGUUCCUCAAGAGCUACGAGGGAGACGUGGAGGAUCUGGGGCUCAACUUCACCAUCGUCAACAAUGACCUAGGAGAGGCUCAGGUGGUUGAGCUGAAGCCAGGCGGGAAGGACAUCCCGGUUACCACGGCGAACCGCAUCGCCUACAUCCAUUUAGUGGCCGAUUACCGGCUGAACAAACAGAUCCGUGCUCACUGCCUGGCAUUCAGACAGGGCCUGGCCAACGUGCUCAACCUCGAGUGGCUGCGCAUGUUUGACCAACAGGAGAUCCAGGUUUUGAUCUCUGGUGCUCAUGUGCCUAUCUGUCUGGAUGACCUGAAGAAAUUCACUAAUUACUCAGGAGGAUACUCGCCCACUCACCCAGUCAUCAAGAUCUUUUGGGACGUGGUGGAGAAUUUCAGCGACGAGGAGAAGCGCAAGCUGCUCAAGUUUGUCACCAGCUGCUCACGUCCUCCUCUGCUGGGAUUUAAAGAGCUCUACCCUGCCUUCUGUAUCCAUAACGGAGGGAACGAUCUGGAGCGCCUUCCCACCGCCAGCACCUGCAUGAACCUUCUCAAGCUGCCCGAGUUCUACGACCAGCAGCUGAUGGCAAGCAAGUUACUCUACGCCAUCGAGUCGUCCUCGGGCUUCGAGCUCAGCUGAGAGCCGAUGGGAAGCGGUCGCUGCGGUGACCAAACAGGGGGCGGGAUUUUUUAUUCGUAAAACGUGAGACGAAAAGAAACAGAAAGCUCGACACCUUGACGGGCUCGGACACUGAGGCAACCAGGGACAGACACUGAGAUUUGAAUUUUAAUAGUGAACACAAAUGAGGAAGUGACUGUACUGCUCGAAAAAAAAAUAAAAAUAAUAAAUAACAAAACGAUACACUUGAUGCAUAACUCACCAAAGAUUUUUGCUAGGUUAUUUUUGUAGCGCCGGUGCUGGACGUUCAUGAUGUGACGUAGGACGAGAUGCUGACGUGACCGUGAGGACGAUGUAGUGCUGAGUUUCUUCACGCUAAGACGAGGAUUUAGCUUUGCUCUGAGAACCAUGCGCAUACUAGCAUAGUAGUAGUUUAGCAUCAGCAAACGUGCAUCCUGAUUUUUAGCUUUGCUAAUAACCGGCUAUUAUGAUUGACGCAGUGGCUACAGGAAAACUCCACCUAUUCUCUUUUUUCUUUUUUUCUUUAUAAACACAUUUAUACCAAUAUCAAUGUCCCUCGAAACAUAGAAGCACUAACUAGCUAAGCACCUAACAUGCUUAAUAACGAUCUUCUUUGCUAGCUCUCUAGCUACAUAAAGUAGUUUAACCCUAAUUGGCACUUCAAACAUAGCUAGUUUUUUUUUGUUUUAAAUAUGUCGUGUUUUAUGUCUUCUUGCACUCCUAGCUUGCUAAUGAGCUAGUUUGCUAAACAGCUAGCAGCUACUAUUUUUGUUCCCGGUUACAUUCCUAACCAGUCACUUCAGCUCACAGUGCCUUCUGGGUAACGUUCCACUCCUGGAUCCUUCAUCUAAGCAGCUCGGCUUCACCUGGGGUUUGGAGGCUUGGUUUUUUUUUUAGAGAUUUGGAGUUAACGAUGAAGGUUUGAGGCACUAAUACUGUGUGUGUGUGCGUUUGUGUGUGUUUGUUCACUCAGGGAUGGACAAAUCAGCAGCUCAGGCCUGGUAUAUUGUACGUCUAGUGUUUUAGAUGUAUUAAGACUUUGGAGGAAUCAGUUAGCUGCCUCUUCUCUCACAUCGACCUGAACAUCCUGGCCACAGUCUUUAACUCACGCGUGUACGUUUAAACCGUCCAGUCAAGUCGUAUUUUUAUUGGUUUAGAGUUCAUCUGUACGUCAGGCAUCAGCUACGAUUUUUAAGCACAACAGGAUUUACAGGAGGAGCAAGAGGAAGGCUCCACAGAAUCUUUCCCUGAACCAAGAAGUAAAAAUAAUCCUCAUCUCUAUUCAUCACAGAGAUCAUUACACGUCCAAUUCAGCCACUUGCUUUCUUACUAUAACGAGUGAAGAUUUGUCCGUCCCUGCUGGUGAAAGAUCCACUGCCGGUGCAAAUGAAAACGUUUCCACAGGUUAGCGUUCACGUGACGUUUUUGCGAGUGUGCAUAAGAUUUGCAGUGUUAAUUAGGUGUUUGUGAGCGAGUGAUUUUUAUAUAAACGUGUGCGUCUCUCUCUCUCUCACUCUACACGGUCAGUGUUGCCUCAGCAUGGCCGUGUUUCAUUUUGUGCACUGAACAAGCAGGACGUCCUUUUGACUCGUCGAACCGUCAGCACUAAACCUGACUUCUGUGCAAUAACAUUAAAAUCCGCUUUGCAGCUCCAGCAUGUGCCUGUUCAUUUCUCUGCUGUUCGCCUUCGGUUGUUGUGUUUGUGUGUUUUUUUUUUUCUCGUUCAGAACGAAUACGAGUGUGUGUCCUUCUCUACUGCACAGUGUUUUGAAAAAUGCUUCCUUCGUCUCUCUUCUUUUACUCUGUAUAGUAGGACGAUCUCGCAGCAUCCCUGUUAAUGAUUAAAAAACAAAACGACUACACCGAUCUGCCCUGCCUACGAUCUCAACCCGAGGGGAAGUCCGCAAUACGCCGUUAAGGCCUCGAAAGCCACCGCUGUGAGUCCGUAACAGCCUGACGGUCAUUAAUACCGCCAUCUGAGCACAGAGAGAAAUAUCAAUGUAUCAGAGUGUAUGUACAAAUGAUUAAAUAUGUUUUGGGGGAUUUUAUUUGCAA